AUGAGUUCUGAAAAAGAUUUCUAAUAUGAUAUCCAUGAUGUCUAAAAUAUCAAGACUGCCUUCUUGGAUUUGUAACAAGAGGAGAGCACAGGAUUCAAAUUGGGAUUUGGAACUGCAAUCUUAUCUUAUUUUGUGUUAAGACGAAUGACUUACUUAAGAACAGGGCCCAGAUUCGCAGGAUCAAUAAUAUUAGGUUCGUAAAUCUAUGGAUUUUACACACAUAGAUCAAGAGCCUAUUAUGAUUAUGUUGCUUAAUAAGUAAAUUUACAUGCAUCAGAAGCAAUCAAUCAAUGUUUAGGACAUUGACCUAUAUAAUAAUAA